UCCAGCCGCACGUCUUCAGCGGGCUCCUCUGGGCCACCGUACACAUACACAUUGUUGCAGGAAAACGCUUGUAUGAUAUCCCACAAAAAACGUUUUAUUUCGACUGCUUUAACCGUGUGUGAUCAUGACAGAGUACUCGCACGUAAAGUCCACCAAACUGGUCCUAAAAGGAUUAAACGAUAAAAAAAAGAAGAAAAGGAACAAGGACAAGAGAAAACGAGAUGGUGAUGAAGACAAGCUGGAUAUCGUUGGAGGAUGGUGGUCAGUGAAGAGUUUUGGCGAGAUCACAGGAUCAGUGGCUAUUGAGAUGCACAAAAACUCCUACAUUCAUGCGCUGGACACUGGACUCUUCACUGUAGGAGCUCCACAUAAAGAGGAUGAAGGCCCAGAUCCUCCAGAACAGUUUACUGCCAUCAGACUCUCAGACUCCAGGAUAGCGCUAAAGUCAGGCUAUGGGAAGUAUUUAGGUAUAAACUCAGACGGUGUUGUGGUUGGUCGAUCAGAUGCCAUCGGCUCUAGAGAGCAGUGGGAACCAGUGUUUCAGGAUUGUAAAAUGGCCUUGCUUGCUGCAAACAGUUGUUUCAUCUCGUACAGUGAGAGCGGAGACAUAGUGGCCAAAAACAAGACAGCUGGAGAGGAGGAGAUGAUCAAGAUCCGUUCAUGCACAGAAAGAGAGGUGAAGAGAAAAGACGAUAUAGCAGAUGAAGACAGGGGUGAUGUCAAGGGCUGUGAGGUCGACUAUGUGAAGAAGUUCCAGAGUUUCCAGGAUCGGAAGCUGAGGGUGAAUGAGGAAGACAGCAAUUUGCUGAAAAAAGCCAGAACAGAUGGAAAAUUCCAUGAGGCACUGCUGGACAGGAGAGCCAAGAUGAAGGCUGACAGAUACUGCAAGUGAAUCCAGAAGUGGUGUUUUUUUUUUCUUCCUCAGAUUAAAUUUUACAUUGGCAUGGAAGCACUGCCAUUUAUAUAUAUAUAUAUAUAUAUAUAAUAAACCUAGUCACUUUUCACAAAAAAAAAUGUUUUGUUGUUGUUGUUUUUAGAUCGCCUAUCAAUUAUAUUGUUAUUAGUUAAGUCAUUUGUUAAAUUACAGUAAUUUGUUUAAUAUUGGAUUGUAAAUUUGAUGAAUUCCUCAUAUUAAAUGGAUUAAAUCUCAA